AGACGACCGCCCAUGUCAUGGGCGCUGCUUUUAUUGUUGUCUUUACCAAAACGCGGUCAGUUCAUUAUUGUCAUACGUUGUUUUUCUUUUAGAUAUACAUGGUUGACCAUAAACGGAAUGACAUCGGGCUUACGCGUUUAUCAGCGCCGCUACGAAAAUGGGGACCGUAUCCAGGUGUGAGCAGCCCUGAACCCCGCCUCCAGCACAGCGCGGACCGAGAGGGAGAGAGAGGCCAUAGAGCACGUCGUCACCUCCCUUCCCAGAGUGCACCGCGGCCGGCAUGUCGAGCCCGAGCAGCAGCCCGGAGAGAGAGGGCGCCGGGGAGCCCCUGGAGUGCCCCGCCUCGCCCCCGGGCCUGGAGGCCGACCCCCUGUCCAUGGGCAGCCCCGUCCUCAGCCCCGACUCCUCCUGCCACGAUGCCACGCUCUCCGCCCCGGCAGCCUCCCCCGCCGACUCUGAGAGCCUGAGCCCCGACGAGCUGGAGCUGCUGGCUAAGCUAGAGGAGCAGAACAGGCUGUUGGAGGCGGACUCCAAGUCCAUGCGCUCCAUGAGCGGGUCCCGGCGAAACUCGGGCUCCUCGCUGGUGUCCAGCUCCUCAGCCUCCUCCAACCUGUCCCACCUGGAGGAGGACACCUGGAUCCUCUGGGGCCGCAUCGUCAACGAGUGGGAGGAAUGGAGGCGCAAGAAGGACAAGCUGCUCAAGGAGCUGAUCCGGAAGGGCAUUCCCCAUCACUUCCGGGCCAUAGUCUGGCAGCUGCUGGGGAACGCCACGGACAUGCCGGUAAAGAACCAGUACUCCGAGCUGCUGAAGAUGUCGUCGCCCUGCGAGAAGCUGAUCCGCCGGGACAUCGCCCGCACCUACCCCGAGCACGACUUCUUCAAGGGCCAGGACAGCCUGGGGCAGGAGGUGCUCUUCAACGUCAUGAAGGCGUACUCCCUCGUGGACCGGGAGGUGGGUUACUGUCAGGGCAGUGCCUUCAUUGUUGGACUGCUGCUCAUGCAGAUGCCGGAGGAGGAGGCGUUCUGCGUCUUUGUGCGUCUGAUGCAGGAGUACCGUCUGAGGGAGCUCUUCAAGCCCAGCAUGGCAGAACUGGGCCUCUGCAUCUACCAGUUUGAGUACCUGCUGCAGGAGCAGCUGCCGGAGCUCAACGUGCAUUUCCGCUCACAGAGUUUCCACACAUCCAUGUAUGCCUCCUCCUGGUUCCUCACGCUCUUCCUCACCUUCCUCCCGCUGCCCGUGGCCACGCGAAUCUUCGACAUCUUCAUGUACGAGGGGCUGGAGAUCAUAUUCCGUGUGGGCAUGGCCAUUCUGCAGUACAACCAGACUGACCUCAUCCAGCUCGACAUGGAGGGCAUGUCUCAGCACUUCCAGAAGGUCAUCCCACACCAGUUUGACAGCUGCCCAGACAAGCUCAUCCUGAGGGCGUACCAGGUCAAAUACAACCCAAAGAGGAUGAAGAAACUGGAGAAGGAGUACACCACGAUCAAGAACAAGGAGAUGGAGGAGCAGAUCGAGAUCAAGAGGCUGCGGACUGAGAACAGGCUGCUGAAGCAGAGGAUUGAGACGCUGGAGAAGGAGAGCGCUGCUCUGGCAGACAGACUGAUUCAGGGUCAGGUGACCCGCGCCCUGGAGGCGGAGGAGAACUACGUGAUCAAGCGCGAGCUGGCGGUGGUGCGUCAGCAGUUCAGCGCGGCCAGCGAGAACCUGGAGCGGGCCAAGGACACCAUCCAGGAGCUGCAGCAGCACAAGUACACGGAGCAGUUUGUGAGUGGCCUGCAGACGCAGUUGGAGCAGUCCCGGCUGCAGGAGACAGAGCUGCUGGGCGCUCUGAAGGAGAUGCAGGACAAGGUUCUGGACCUGGAGAGGAGGAACAGCUCCCUGCCAGAUGAGACCAACGUGGCCCAGCUCCAGGACGAGCUGAAGCUGGUGAAGCUGAGAGAGCUGGAGACGCUGCAGUCCUUCAGAGAGAUGCAGGACUCUGUGGCAGACCUCAACCAGCGCUGGCAGAACCACAUGUCCCGGGGCGGUGGGGGCGGGCACUGGAAGGAGUCCCCCAAGAAGAACGCCAUGAACGAGCUGCAGGACAAGCUGAUGGGGGUGCGUCUGCGGGAGGCCCAGGCCCAGGCGGAGCUCAGGGAGCUGAAGCUGAAGACCCUGCAGCUGGAGAGCCAGAACCAGAUCCACAGCAAGCUGGUGAGCCGGCAGGAGCAGGAGAGCGCCGCCCUGCAGGACAAAGUGCAGUACCUCACCUCCCAGAGCAAGGGGCUGCAGGGCCAGCUGAGCGAGAUGAAGAGGAGGCAGGCCGAGUCCGACUGCAAGAGCAAGGAGGAGGUGAUGGCCGUGCGACUGCGGGAGGCCGACAGCAUGGCUGCCGUGGCCGAACUCAGGCAGAGGAUCGCAGAGCUGGAGAUACAGAAGGAGGAGGGGCGGAUCCAGGGCCAGCUGAACCACUCAGACUCCACCCAGUACAUCACGCAGCUGAAAGAUCACAUCGCCGAGCUGAAGAACGAGAUCAGGCAGCUGCGUGGCCACCCGGCCAGGUUUCAGACAGCAGGAAGCGGGGGCUUCGGGGACCUGCGUCUGAGCGACCCUGCCUCGGGGGAGGCUGAUUACCUGAGCUCAGACGAAGACCUGCUGCCCAGCCCCCUCCCCGCCACGGCCCUGUACCCCUCCCUGCAGGCCCCGUGCCGCCCGUCGCCCCGCCUGGACAGCGAGGGCAGCACCGACAGCGACGGGGAGGAGAGGGGGGAGGACGCGGACUCCCACAAUCCUCCACAGCUGUACGCCAGCAUGGUGUGCGCUGAGGCCCUGGAGAACUGAGCAGCCUGAGAGAGACUGCUGACUGAAACACACACCCACACACACACACGUACAUGAACACACACACACACACA